GUCUCCGCGAUCCACAUUACUUUUUCCUCCACUCCCCAACUCUGUACGCGAUCAUGGUUCAGGAAACCAAUUGGCCAGUGUCCAAGGUUCGCUCGACCUUUGUAGACUACUUUGUAAAGCAAAAUGGUCAUAGCUUUGUGCCUUCCUCCCCUGCUAUUCCCCAUGACGAUCCAACAUUGCUGUUUGCCAACGCAGGCAUGAAUCAAUACAAGUCUGUGUUUCUGGGGACUGUAGACCCUAACUCGCCUUUGGCAGGUUUGAAGAGUGCUGCCAACUCACAAAAGUGUAUCCGUGCUGGUGGUAAGCACAACGAUUUGGAUGACGUCGGCAUGGACACGUACCAUCACACUUUCUUUGAAAUGCUGGGCAAUUGGUCUUUCGGUGACUAUUUCAAGGAAGGAGCUACCAAGCUGUCUUGGGAGUUUUUAACCGAAGUAUUGAAUUUGCCUGCCGAUCGUCUCUACGUCACAUACUUUGGCGGUGACGAGAAGCAGGGUUUAGAACCUGAUUUGGAGGCAAAGAAGAUUUGGUUGGAGCGUGGUGUGCCCGAAGACCACCUUCUUCCUGGUGACGUUAAGGAUAACUUCUGGGAAAUGGGUGAAACUGGUCCUUGCGGUCCAUGUUCCGAAGUUCACUACGAUCGUAUUGGCGGACGCAACGCUUCUCACCUGGUCAACAUGGACGAUCCCAACGUGUUGGAAAUUUGGAACGUUGUGUUUAUUCAGUACAACCGUGAAAACGACGGUAAACUUCGUCCCCUCCCCAACAAGCACAUCGACACUGGUCUUGGUUUAGAACGUCUUGUUUCGAUCUUGCAGAACGUCUAUUCCAACUAUGAUACCGACGUCUUUGCUCCCUUGUUUACAAAGAUCCAAGAAAUGACUGGUGUCCACCGUUACACCGGCAAAUUGGGUGCUGAGGAUGUCGACGGCGUUGAUACUGCUUACCGUGUCGUCGCCGAUCACAUUAGAACGCUUACCUUUGCCAUCUCUGACGGCGGUGUUCCCAGCAAUGAAGGCCGUGGUUAUGUGCUUAGACGUAUUUUGAGACGUGGUGUCCGAUAUGCUAGAAAGUACUUUGACUAUCCUAUCGGCAACUUCUUCUCCGGUUUGGUCGACACUCUGGUGGAUCAGAUGGGCGAUUUCUACCCUGAAUUGAUCAAGAAGAAGGAUGAGGUCAAGGCUAUCUUGGAUGAAGAAGAAUUGGCUUUUGCCAAGACUCUUGAUCGUGGUGAAAAGAUGUUUGAGAGCUAUAAAAACAAGACCAAGGAAGCUGGCUCCAAGACCUUGACUGGUGCUGAUGUCUGGCGCUUGUACGAUACAUACGGUUUCCCCGUCGAUCUUACGCGUGUCAUGGCUGAAGAGAAUGGUAUGACUAUUGACGAAAAGGAGUUCGAGGUUGCCCAGGAGGCUGCUAAGAACGCUUCGCGUAAGGCUCGUGGUGGCAAAGGUGGUGAGGACGUUGUUGCCUUGGAUGUCCACGAUUUGGAUGCUUUGGAUAAGAACACUGCCGUUCCCACAACCGACGACUCUUUCAAAUAUGUUGAUGGUAAUGUUCAGGGAAAGAUCAAGGCUAUUGUCUAUCAACACAAGUUCUUGGAUAGUAGUUCCGAUAUCCCUGAGGGUGCAAGCUUUGGUAUCUUGACCGACAAGACCAACUUCUAUGCUGAAUCUGGUGGUCAGGAAUACGAUACUGGCAGCAUUAUCACACUCGACGGUGAAACCGAAUUCGCCGUCCAAGACUGUCAGUCUUUCGGUGGCUAUGUCCUCCACAUUGGUUAUAUCAAGUAUGGUCAGUUGAAGCUUGAUUCUGAUGUCGAAAUUACCUUUGACGAUCUUCGACGCUCGCCAUUGAAAAACAACCACACUGCCACUCACAUUUUGAACUUCGCAUUGCGCCAAGUUCUUGGUGAAAAUGUUGAUCAAAAGGGCUCGCUUGUCGCUCCCGAAAAGCUUCGUUUCGAUUUCUCUUACAAGCAACCUGUAAACACUGCUCAACUUGCCGAAGUUGAAAAGAUCUCUAAUGAGUUCGUUGCAAAGAACUCCAAGGUCUACUCCAAGGAAGUCCCAUUGCCCAUUGCCAAAGCUAUCCACGGCCUCCGUGCUGUCUUUGGUGAAACCUACCCUGAUCCCGUUCGCGUCGUCUCUAUUGGAUUUGAUAUUGAUGAAAUUGAAAAAGACGUCUCUAAACCUGAAUGGGCCACAUCAAGUGUUGAGUUCUGCGGUGGUACUCACGUUUCCAAGACUGGAGACAUCAAGCACUUUGCUAUCCUUGAAGAGACUGGUAUUGCUAAGGGCAUCCGCCGUAUCGUCGCCGUCACUGGCGAAGAAGCACAGGCUGCUGGCCGAACAGCCAAGGCAUUUGAAAGCCGACUUGACGAACUUGAAAAGCUUAGCGGUUCCGCUUUGGAUGCUGCAUUAAAGGCCGUUUCCAAAGAUUUGGACGCACUAGUUAUCUCUACCGUGACCAAGGCAGAGUUCCGUGAACGAUUCAACAAGGUCAAGAAGGCCUUUGUCGAAGCUGACAAGGUGUUGAAGAACCAGCAAAACAAGGAAGCACUUGCAGCUGUCAAGACUUACUUUGAAGAGAACCCCGAUGCCAAGUACCUCGUCAAGGUUUUGGACGUUGGUAACAAUGGUAAGGCCUUGUCGGGUGCCAUCACUUAUGCCAAGACCAGCUUGAAGGACAAGGCUCUUUAUGUAUUGAGCGGUGAUCAAGCUAGCGGACGUGUUUCGCACAGCUGUAUCGUCAGCAAGGAUCUUGUUGGUCAGGGCUUUAAGGCCUCUGACUGGGCCGACGUAGUUGCCCAAAAUGUGGGCGGUAAGAAGGGCGGUAAAGAUGAAGCCGCACAGGGUUCUGGUGAUAAAUUGAGCGGAUUAGAUGCAGCAGCCAAGGCUGCUGAGGAGUUUGCCAAACUCAAGAUCGGUGCAUAAAAAGAUAUUCUGUCACAUAGCAAAAUCAACAUUUGUAUUAUUCCUCUUUUUUUGUGUUUAUUUUUUUUUCUCUAUUCUAUCUCAACAAAUAAACUGAAGAGACACAUCGAUGGG